CAAUCCCGCCACCUGAUCCACGGCUAAUCGUCGAAGCAACGAGUCGCGGCCGGAGGGGGAAGUGCGAGGAGAGUAAACGACGUGGAAAAUAAAUAACAGGGAGCCGAGCUUUGGAACAGAGCCUCACAAUCAGUGAACGACGUGCUACUCCAAUUGGCUAUCGACUGAAAUCCGAUGAGAGUUCGAGUGCGGAGAUAGCCGCUCUUAGCAUCGUGGUUUAUUGAUUAAGGGCACCGCGUGAACAAGAUUUGUGCGAGGAGAACGUCUGGAAGAUAACAACUAACUCUUCACAUUGACUACCUCUCGUCCAUCGCCAUUGGGCAAAAAGUACGUGCGUGAAAGCCAAUAGGAUGCUGGCAAACUGAGCAUGCGCGGUCGAUUCAUUCUGCCUGCGACGUAAAGGCACGCACUGCUAUUAUUUCCUGCGAAAUGAAGUAGCGAUAUGAUAUAAGUGUGCGAAACGUGACUGGUUAAAUCAAUACAGCAACAAACACACGUGCUGGCAGCCUUCCACCAUCGUCUUUCGAGGCAAGUUUCAACUGCACGUCAAAUAUAAGUGAAUACCUGUGCUGGUGGUUUGAUAAUAUCAAAGGAGUGAGCAUGUUAUUUGGUUGUAUGCCAGCACUGAUACGAAAAAAUACACCACUAUUGUCUGUAUUGCAUUGUUACAUUCAGGACAUGGUGUAGCGGUUCACGGAUCACCAUGGAAUCAAGUACUUUUGAAACGGAGACGUACUACCCCGACAAUGGGACAGAGAAUAUUUUGGAAGAAGAACCUGAAGUGGUUUUCUGGGCUUGGUUCCAGAUGAUGUGCCUUGUACUUGCCAUAGUGGGAUUCCUCGGUAAUUUACUGGUGGUCCUCGUCAUCAUCCGACAGCAACGGCGCCGGACGAGUACGGAUAAGCUAAUCCUCGCACUCGCUGUCGCAGACCUCCUCACCUCAAUUUUCAUCAUCCCCAUCCCCACCCCGUCCAGCCUUCCAUACGGUGUCCUAGGUGAGCUCUACUGCAAAGUCGUUUAUUCAUCUGUAUGCAUGUGGAUUUCCAUCAUGGCAUCGGUUUUUACGUUAAUCAUGAUAUCAGGUGAGCGUUAUGUUGCUGUAUGCUAUCCAUUCCGCUACCAGCGACUAUUUGCCGGUUACCGCCCGGAUAUCAUUCUCUGUGUAAUUUGGAUCAUAUCUUUCAUAAUCAACACCAAUAGCUUUUAUGUAUCGUUCGUUGACACGCCAGGUGUGAAUUGCACUGUUAAAUUUCCAACACCGGAGUUUCAAAUGUUCUUUGGUAUCGUCUUAUUUUUGGUGGAAUAUCUCAUUCCCGUCAUAAUCAUGCUCAUGGCAAACGUAUACACAAUUCGCGCCUUAAACCAUCAAGCCAGGUCCUUGGUAGCAAAGCGAGACAAGAGAUCUGGCCCGGCGUUAAAGCUUCUACAAGCGCGGAGAAAAGUAAUCGAAAUGCUCUUUGUCGUGGUGAUAAUAUUUGUUAUUUGUUGGACACCUGAUCAAAUAGGAUAUCUUGCCUUCAACAUUGGCUUAGUGGAGGUCGAUUUUCUAUACAGUCCAGUAUACAGGUCGUUUGUAGCUCUCGCCUUCUGUAACUCUUGUGCAAACCCAUUCAUUUAUGCAGCACGGAAUCCCAAUUUUAGGCGAGCCCUCAAGGAAUUGGUCAUGUUUUCUCCUAUUGGUGGAUCCAUUUUCAACCAAGGAGGACCUGGUUUCACGGACAGAUUUGAGUUAAGCCAAACACAGGGCACUAUAAGAGGUGUUCUGGUGAACGGCAGAAAACCUUCUUUGCAAGGUUGUCUGAAUGUCCCAGAAACCUCGCAAAAGACGGCAUCAACCAUGUGAAAAGAGGCACAUUUGUAAUAUUCGAAAAGUUGUGGGAACUGCCAUGUCUUAUCAUUGCCACAUCUUUUGGUUGUCAGGAUGACAGGAAGCAAUUCAGGAAAGCGAUAGUCCAAACGAGCACGAUGAUAUCUACCGAGUGAUUGUAUGAUAAUUUCGUGCUAUGACCAGCGUUAUGGGAAAGUGAAGAAGGAUAUGUGCACGUGACGAAAUUCUAAUACUGGAUCGUAAUGCUCAUAGCAAUGAUUAAGAUUUUUCGUAUGCAACAAUCAAUCUUGCCACUGCUUUGCAAAAUGCAACGGAGAAGAAACGCAACACCAACAUAAUUCCAGGCUACCACACAAGAUUAAAUUAGAGUGGAGUCCAGUCAAGCUUUCGCCAAAAAAAAUAAAAACUUCACAACACGCACGCGUAUUUAUUACAUGUGGUUAUCAGUGAAUGAACACACCGGGUAUAUAUCUCUUUUAUCCGUCUAUGAAAUAUUUCGAGUGGAACAUUCUAUGACGUCACAGCGACAUAAAUGUACUGUCGAGAACUGAUGUGGGUCGAGAGACAAGGGAGGGCUUAAAAUCAGAAAUGGACUGGUUGUCCUUUAUAUUGACCCAUCUAUCACAAUGUCAUAAUGAACUCUGAUCGGAUUUGUGUGUCAUAACAUUUAUGUCAAUACAAGGGACCACUGCUCACCAUCCUUGAUUGUGAUGCGACAUUGUACCGAAUGGGAUAUCUACAGAUUCGGACGUUUAAAUGUACAGAGAGUAAUAUAUGGAUUAAUCUAGAUUUAUGUUUUGUAUUUGGAAGAAACGGAUUUGUAUGUCAAAUAUAGUAUAUUGUAUUUCGUAUUUUUAACCAAAAUGGGUAACAGAUCAUUUAUAUUUCGACACAACCCUAUAACCCAUUUGUUGACAAGAUGUUUUAUUUGUUAUUAUAAAAAUAUAAUCUUAUUGGACAUUGUUUUCAAUCAAAUCAUAAGGCAAAGGUUAAAUCCUCAGAUAUAUACAAGUGUUUUUAUGUCGAUGGAAUCACAUUAAUGCUUAUGGCUACAUAAUUCAUAGCAUUUCAUUGCAGUUUACCAAACAUAUUAUUAAUUGAUAAUUUUUCAUGAAAAAAAACAUUGGUGCUCUCCGUAGUAUGGAGCAGAAAUGCAAAUGGUCAGGGUGGUACGAAUUUCUGCAUUCUCACACUUCUCUUUCUCUUAGUAUUGUAAUUUAUUUUUGGGGAAGUGACGUUAAGAUAUAACUAUUUUACAUGGGACGUUUAUCUCUAAGACGCAGAAUUCCAUAUGAAUUAAUUUUGCCGGAGAAAGUAACGUGAAUAUCUUUUUGGCAUAACAACUUGUUUUAAGAGGAAAUGAAUUAAUCAAACAGAUGCUUACAUUACAAGUAAAAUGAAGAAGGCUUUCCCUUAGUUUAGUGUUCAUGGCUUAGGCGUGUAAGGAGGAAUGUGGUUGUUUGAUGUCUAAUUAUUAUUUCUCACAGAGUAAUAUAUCAAGUAAAUGCGCCAUGCGUGCAUUCCUUGUCAUUCCUCAAUUAUGGACAGAGCGAUUAGAAUAGUAAAAUAUAACGUUUUUUGGGGGUCACUGUUUGUGUACACACGACUGUACGACAUGCACUUCCAAACGUUGAUCCAGUUCAAUAAACAUAAUACACAGUAAGAAAAAUCAGAUACAAAUAAUAUUUAUAGCGCCUUUCUUUAAAAUGUCAAUCAUUGUAUAAUAAGGAUAAAGGAUUGACAUUUUAAAGAAAAGCACUGUCAAAUAGAGAUUAUAUAUUCAUCUUCCCUGAGGUCAAUGAGGGCGAUAACACUGAAUACGUAGUCGUAAAUUUUAUCCGAAAUCGGAAAUAUAUACACACAAUUUUGUUUAUCUUUUAGUUCAUUGUUAUGUUUUUUCCUGAAAAUGAUGACGUUGAUAACUGUUCAGAUGACAAUUAAUGAUCGAGCUGUUUCAACGAUCUUUGAAAAUUGCGCUAAAAAUUUGACAGAAUUUUUUUUUAUCAAAACUUAUGUUUUAUUCUACCAUUUUCCAAAAUCAUGAAUAAUGGAAUUCGUGAUGAUAUAUACUAUUUGUUAUGCCAUGUAAUAGAAUAAAAAUAAUACACACCAUUGAGGGCAUUAGUAAAAAUUGUACCCUCGAGGUACCUUUAGAGUAGCUCUUACACUUUGCCUCGAAUAUAGGACUGUUCCAAAUGUGAUUCAAAUUUGAAUAAUCGUUUGGGAUGUGAAAACUGUAUUAAUUUUGGUGUUAUACUAGACACAAAUGGAAGGAAACUAUUGGAAAAGUUAAGAAGCAUUCCAAAGCAAGCCGAAAUGAUGUGAAUAUUUUUUGAAAUAAUUUAUGAAAUAGGAGUUUAUAUAAUAUGGGAUACGACGUUAUGUUGAAAUCGUUCAUUAUUGGACCCAUGACACUUCUGCUCCGCCAUGUUCGUAGCAGCAGAGCGAAUUCUGCGCACAGAGAAAAACAUUUGUAUCUAUCGUCAGAUGGUUUUCUCUGAGUAUUAUGUUCCGAAUGUGUCUUUCAGUUUACCGAAAUAGUCACACAUAUUCAACAGAAAAGGUUGGAUAUCACAUUGGGCCGUGUAUGAAUACGCCAUAUUUCGAAGAAAAAAAAAUCUACUUCAAAAAUUAAGUCAAGGAACACCAGAGCAGUGAUUAAAAUCAGAUUUAUGAUAUAACUUAUUAUAAUUAAAUUAUGGGAAAAUGAUUUGUUUUUGUAUGAUUUUUUUUCUUUUUCAAAUAAACUUUUUUUUACCUUCGACAAGGCUAUGGAAACAUGAUUGAUAAGCAAUUUGCAUCCGCAAAUACUCAGGCUUAAAAGACAUAUUUUACAAACUCUGCCUAUCAUUUGCAGUUAAAUUCAUGUCCCUGAUUGUAUGAAACCUUUGAAGUGCAGUACCGAAUGAUUGUAUCAUGUUUUAAGAGUAUUAUCUGUUAAACAGUUGGUGAACUGUGAGUGUGGGUAUGCAGGCAUGUGCGUGUGGGUGUGUGUAUUUACGUGUGUGUAUGUUCUGUGUCUGUAUAUUUGCGUUUGUCUGAAAUUAACGUGCAACCUUGCAAUCCCCUUUUGAGUUGCGAAUGAACAUUGAUAUAAAAAAAAAUGAAUAUAUCAAUUAUGAUCGGUAUAAAAUAUCAAUACUACAUAUUAUGCUAGAUAUUGAACUUAAGAUGAUACCAUGGUACACGUGUUAUCCUGUGUAGAAAGACUUAAUCGGUCUUUAUUUAGUAUGUCAGAGAAAGCCCCUUUUAGAUAUUCCUUCGAUUGGGAGUUACUUGGAACAUGCCACCGGUGUGUUGGCUCAGUAGGUAGAGCGUCCGUCUCACAAGCGGGAGGUCGGGGGUUCAAACCCCGGCCGCGUCAGACCAAAAUACGUUAAAAGAUGGGAGUUGCUGCUACCCUGUUUGGCGUUCAACGAAUAAAGGGAUAGAGCCUCGUCGAUCUGGCGCUGCACAGCGGCUUCCGGGCACGAUCAAUUUGGCAAAGCAAAUUUUCGGGUAUUUGUCAUUUCGAACAACAAAAUAAUGAUUUUCAUCUUUUAAAAUAUCUCUUUUUAAUUUCCUGGCGUGUUUAAAUUGAUUUUGUGAAGUAAGAACAUUCAUCUAAUGUGACACCUAUCUUCAAGAAUUUACAAAAUCAACAAUUUAAAGUUAACGUUAUGUAAUAGAUUGUAAAAUGUACUUAGGUAUAAAUGUUCUUUUUCAAAUCAAAUGAAGAUAUACAUGAAUGAAUUGUCGUUUAUCAUAUAGAACUUUAUCAAUGGGUAAUGAAACAUACACCAACGUCAACAAAUAACUACUAUACGCAGUUAAAUGAAGAAUACAAAAUUAUGACGACGACGUGAAAAAUUGCGAAUUGUUAAAAUGUGAUGAUGUAAUUGAUGGAGUGGAGAAAUACAGACAUACUCUAAUUUCUAAACCAUAUGUAAAAAUAGAUAAAUAAUGUUCUUAUAUUACUGCUGUAUGAACAAUUAAAAUAAAUAAUGAGUCACGUUACCUAUGUGAUGCUUAUCUAAUACCUACCCUUUUGCAACGGCGUAUCAAUCUUACUUGACAAGCUUGAUGUGUAUGAAUACUUACACCAAAAAAGGAGUAAAUAUUAUGAAACUUGCUUUCAGUAAAUAUUGGUUUAUCCCAUUGUAAGAAGAGGCUCUUUGUGAUUAUAAAAACGACACAAAUAUUUAGAUAUGGAUUCGAUCUGUGCUGUGCUAACAUCAUUCUGGUUUAUGGCUAUUUGCGUUCUUGUCACAUCAGGUAACAUACGUCAGUGUACAUACAGUCUUGCCGAGACGAACAACUAGUUUAAAUAACGCCUCUUCACCGUGUUCAUAGUGAAAGCGAGCAUAUACCUUUGCUAUAAAAGAUAACUAAAAAUGAAUUUUGAAAUUAGGAUUCAGGGGGAAAAUUCCAGUAGAAAUCGAACUAAUUUUGCCAUACUUGAUUUUCCAUGCACCCCAGCGACGAAACGUUUAAAGAACGCGUUUCCGCCGCAGGUUGGUGCUUUGACAAAGAAUUGUUCUCUAGAAUACCACAAACAAACGCACAUCCUUGUGCUAUAAUUCCCCUUUCGGUUCCGGGAACGCUGAGGCUUCAUUAGUUAUUGGCGGACCAAAAUGGGAUGGAGCAAAAUCUAAUUUGUUCAUCACAGUCUAUCACCUGUUUGGCCAACGGCAUGUCGAUGAACGUUCACUGGCCGAUCUUUGGUGUGAAGGGAUUUGGGGAAGGGUAGGGGAUGGGAAUAUCAAGUUAUGCUGGAUUUGCAGAGCGCGGGUAAGGGGUUCCUUAUUGCAUGCAGCCCCCCCCCCUGUAUACCUUAAAGGGGAAUCCAACCCAAAUAAAAACUUGUUUUUAUAAGGAAAAGAAAAAUCAGACAAAUUGAUAGGUGAAAGUUUGAACAAUAUUGGACAAACAACAAGAAAGUUAUGAAUUUUUAAAACUUGUAAAUAUUGGUAAUCACUAUACCCAUGGAGACUUCAAAUUGGCCGCAUAUGGGAUGUCAUUGUGAUGUAAGGCAAGGACUACUCUUCCAUGUACUCCAAUACAUAUUAUGGCUAAAAUGUCAUUUUUCCCAAAAGUUUUAUUUCAAAUUAUAUUUUUCUUUCAUGAGGACAUAUACAAUAUACUACAUGGGUUAUAUUUGGAUUAUUGCCCCAGGGGAAUGGGUACUUUAGGAGAAAACCACAAAUCCCUGAUAAUAAAGUACAUGGCCUAUGGGAAAGUUGUCCUUGCCCCUUGUCAAAAUUUACUUACCCAGUUGCCAAUUUGAAAUCUACAUAGUAUUAGUGAUCUCAAUUUUAAAGCAGCUAUAACUUUUGUAUUGCUUGUCCGAUUUCUUUCAAAGUUUCACCAUUCUGUUUCAUUUAUUUUUCUCCUUCCCCACACAGCAUUUUAUGGCCAAGGCUGGAUUCCCCUUUAAAGCCGUCUAUGGUAGACGGCUUAUAAGUUUCGUCAUUAUAAAAGACCUCCAAAACAAACUGAAUAAAAUAUCGAAUGCCUGGUCAACUGGACUGUAUACAAAAUUCAUUUCUUUCAUUACACACAAUCCUCCCCCCCCCCAAAAAAAAAAAAAAAAAACAGCUUCCCCCUUUACUUAAUCUCUGUGCAACGUUGGUUUUAGACUUUCAUCCCCCAAACCUGCGUAUUUUACUCGAUUAAACAUUUUAAAGUUGAUUCUGAAUAAAAAGAAGACCUGAAAUAUUGAACAAAUAAAUAAAGGAGAAUGUGCAAAAAGUGAUCUUAUAAAUUUUCUAGCUGCAAACUUUAUUGAGGAAUCAGUUUCCGGGAAGCACACGUGACAUAGUUUCGUGACUAUCCCAGUUUCGAAAUUAGUAACAAGGUCAAGUAUUGAAGCAAGCCUUAAGUCAUAUGGAUUUUCAGAAAUACACCGAUAAGCAUUUCCUUUUCUGGAAUCGUUUACUGUAUUGACAAAGGAAUGUAGGUUUGAACGGUGUGAAGAAAGGAACAAAAGAAUCAGUUUUCCCAAGAAAGAUUUUAGAGGAAACUUCCAGAAGCAACAAGAGACCUGGCAAACUAGUAAGGGAUUUUCGGAAGAACAUAGAGGAAUGAUUAUCUUCCUACCCAAUACGUAUGAUAAUCAAGGUGGUACGGCUCGUUGAAAAUCCCUUUGCCGGGCUUUCUUGUAGUGAAGGGGGAAUACAGUUUUCCGGGCACAGCUAGAUAACCAGAAAAAAAAUGGACUGGUGUAGCUUUUUUUAUCAUCUUUCAGAAGAAAAACAGUUGAGUUGACGUAAUAAAGGGAUUGCAAAAAGUGUCUGGCAUUUUUUUGAAUUCCUAGAUGUUGAAGACAUAAAUGAAUGUUUUGGUCGUUUGAUGGAAUUGCUGAAGACUUUGUCUCAAGUCAUUGAGAAAGACUGUAAUGCAUCUGAGAAUCAAAGUAUUAUGUAAGGCUUUGGGAUCACAGUAUUAUAAGAAAACCCACUCAUCAUUGUUAAUAUUUAAUGUACAAUGUACAAAAGAGUUAAUAAAACACUUAUUUUCAUGUUCCCGAAUACUCAGGGUUUUUAAAUAUGAAUUUUCAAUCUUGUAGAAGAACCUUCGGAUUAUCGUAGGGCAAAAGGAUGCGUACGUCCCGCACAGUUUCGGAUAUCUAAAAAAUUAGCAAUAUCUAUCCCAUAAUUUACCCUACUUGCGAGGAAAUCGAAUGAGUAAAAUUUAAGAAAAAGACAAUCAAUCAAUGAACACAAAUAGAAGAUGUAGCGAUACUUACGCGUUUAAUAGAUAUCAAAUUAACAAUUUCGGGCCAAUUCGUAAUAAGCAUUUUAACAAUGUCUGACAGCGUAAAUAAGUUUGAAAUCAUUUUAUUUUCAUCCUACUAAAUUAUAUGAAUUUGUUAAUUGAAUCUUUAGAAAUGUAGGGUGGUUGUAGGGUGUGAAUGACGUUUGCUUAAGUGCACAUUAUAUUUUUCAUGAAGGUUCAAUUUUAGUGUACUUAUAAUUCAAAAUAAAUAAGAAUAAUGAAAUAACGAAGUGGCAUCCACUCUAAUUUAGAAAUAAUGAUAAAUAUCCGUAAUUGAUAUUCCAGGUAUCAUUUUUCGAACAACGUUUCAUUUCCAAAAUUGAAUUUAAACUUGGCAUGUGAUUUCUUAUUAAUCCAUGUUUAUUUUGAAAGAAAAACACAUUGGAAUAAUUUCCGUUAACCUUUUGCAACACCUUCAUGUCACGACGUGCGCCGUCUGUUCUUGGUUAGUAGAUCAUCAAGCCGGUGCCUUUGACCUAGUUAGGUGAUACAUACACCCUACACAUGCGUCAUGAAAUACUACUUUUCCGACUGAUGAAGUGAGAGCAAGAGAGAGAGAGGAAGAGAGAAAUAUAGAAAGAAAGAAAAAAACCUCAUAGGUUUGAGUUUCACGUGGGUUUCCUUAGUAUUUGAUAUCACUUUGUAUUAUUUUGUUCAUAGCUGUUUGUUUGCAUGUUUAUUAGGACAAGGGGACAUGAUUUUGAUUGGUCAGGAAAAAAGGGGGCAGAUGGCAAAGUUGCCAUUUAUCUUUCGGUAAAUAUAGUUCUACUUUGUUUAUGCAACCUUGCCGUACUGAAAAUGCAAUUUCUUUGCUAUACUUCAUUCACCUAACGCAAGGUAUUGCUCUUCUCCAAUCAUUUAAUUAUUGUUAUUUUUUUAUUGAAUUGUGGUAGGUUGUUUGCAAAAUCUAACAAAAGGAUAUUUGUUAGUCAAACCGCGUACCUCCGUCUUGAAACCGCAGAGAGUGUCUAAGAAUUUCAUCGCAGACAGAUCUUAAAUAUAAAGCUUUUGUGGAACCUACAAUGCCCCGUUUACUUUUUUUCUUCAGUUUUUCGAUUACGAAACUGACUUUUCAUUUCCCUACCUCCCAAAUAAAAAAGGGAAAACGAAACUUCCAUACACAAUGUUACCCUUGCAUGUAAUAGUUAGGGUAGUGAAAUAUUCUUGAUAUGAAAUGAGAUGAAGAAAUAUCCUUGAUUUGUGGAAUUAUGUUCCCCCCUAAUUCGUCAAUAUAAUCUUUACGGGGUCCGACCACUUGACCGAAGGCCCGCGAGACCGACUUUUCUUCUUCUUUUCCUUCAUAAUGUGCCGAGUGGUUUAAGGCGCCUCGUUGCAGCGCCGUACGCCUGUUAUCAGAGGGGGAGGGGGAAAGAGCCAAAUAUUUCCCGGUAACUCCGUCUAGAAGGAUUUCAUUGA